CAUUCGUUUUCGCAGCGUCGAAGCGUACGGUUGGUUCAUAGGAGGAACGAAGCGGGGAACGCGACGGAAACUAGUUGUUGCUGUUUUUUUGUCCGUGUUAUUUAAAACAAAAUCACAAAAAAAUUAAGUAACACUUAAGCAAAGUCCGCGAGAAAAUCAAUUAAAUAUCGUUCGUCGGUUUGUGCGUGUGACCACCAAAAGUGCCCCGAUCGGAGGAUUUUAAUAAAUUCAAUUAAGGUCCCGUCCCAAAGAUCGCUUUCAUUGUCUGACGCACACGCGUGAUGCACAAAUGAAAAAGUAAAAAUAUAUAAUAAAAGAAAAAGAAAAAGUGAUUGACUGCACAAGAAAAAGAAAAGUUCCUUACCUCCUGAAGCGAAACUGAAAACAGAGAGAAGAUAACAACCAACGGGGCUUCCACACAAAAAGUUCCUUGUUUGAAGUGAUCAUUGUAAUCAGCCCAGAUCGAAGCCAUAUAUAAAAUGAUUUCACACAGUCCGCCCAUAUUCAGUCACAGUCCACCCGUUAGUUUUCUGGCGGACUUCAUGAGCGCACAUCAGCGUCAAUCGUUAAAUUACAAUGACGAGCCCAACAGAGCGUCUCGCUACUGCCGGCCCCAAGUGAUAACACUGGCCUCCAAAGCCAUGGUCAACAACGCCUCGGCGGCGGUCCAGGGCCAGAAGGCGGGUGCCACGCCCCUGGGCGUGGGAAGUCGUUCCGGACGGAGCUACCUGGAACGGAUGGCCUCGGCUCCGCUGCUCACCAAUCAGCCCAAGUCCUGUCUCAGCCGCAAAUCCUGCCUGCGCAAGUCCCAGAACAGUUCGGCCAGUUCCACAGAUCUCUCGCCGACGGACAGUGAUGUUACGGACAGUGCCAGCCAUAGCUGUAAGUGCAGCAAGGACAGCGACAGCAACGGAUCCACACACUGCGAGCUGAGCCGUGGCCCCAAAAAGCAUGUGAUCUUUGCGGAUGAUGAGGGUCUAUCGCUUACCGAGGUUCGUGUGAUGUCCGAACCCUCGAAUGUGCCGCCCUAUUGGAGCAUGAAAUUCUUGGAGCAGAUAACACAGGGCCUAGUGAGUCCACAUCCACCAGAUCAGUGGACAGUGGACUUCAAGCAGCCGGCAUCAGACUAUCUAUCAUUCAGACAAAAGAUAGACAAGAACUAUGUUUCCUUGGAGAAUGUGAUCGUUAAGGAUGAGGAAUCGAUUGUGGUGGGCACCAUCAAGGUGAAGAACAUCGACUUCCAGAAGGAGAUUAUAGUACGUGUGACCUGGGAUGAUUGGAAGAGCCAGCAGGAUAUCUUUUGCACAUUCGCCAGGGCCUAUGGACCGACUACUUGUGCCCAUGUAGUCUUCGAUACAUUCUCCUUCAAGAUCACCUUGCCGCCAUCCUCCAAGCGCCUGGAGUUCUGCAUCUGCUAUCGCACCAACGAAACAGAAUAUUGGGACAAUAAUGAUGGUAAAAACUACACCAUCAGCAAGCGAUCGCCCUUUUAUUACAACGCCUUGUCGCCCUACGAUAAGGGCCAGAAUCGCAACUCGAGCCAGCAACUAAGGUCCACCCUGACCGAUGCCUUGGCAAAGGUGCAGGAUCAAAACGGUUGGCACCAGGAGCCAAUUACCCCCUAUUGGUAAAAUCGCCUGGGAACGGGGGUGGAUUUUCCCGACCCAAGCGGUUGAAUAAAGUUUCUCAUUUAGGCCACAUGAACAGAAAGAAACAGAAUUGGAACAGAUUUAAAAUUUAUAAACUGUUUUAGUGACAGAGAGAGAGUCCAAAAGAUUUUACCACUAACGAAACUUUUUGACUUAAGCUUAUACCUGGUACAAAUAUCCCAAUUUAAAAGUGCCAUUGACUUGAGGAUUCCUCAAUGAUAAUUGAGAUAGAGGGGCUUAUAACUACUUCUACUAAGCAAAAGCCCCAAAUUGUAUGUUUUGUCUUUUAUCAACUCGAUGGAAUUUUAAAAUCCCAACUUUUAUGUCUAACUUUUUAAAAUGUUUUAUGUUCGAUUGCAAAGAAUUAUUGAAAAAUCUAGAUUUAUAUGUUUACCUGUAUGCCUGUGUGAUUGUCUACAUCUAUAUAACUGAUACUAGAUUUAUGUAAACUAAAAACGAAAAACCACAUAAAAAUGAAAGGAGAUGAAUUUUGAGGCGUGAAACAUCCAAGCAAACCAUUGUUUCGAAAUUUUCUGCAAUUGCAAAAUAAAGAAAACAAAAACACACAUUACGAAACCACACAAGAAAAACAACAAAAAUUGUAGUCCCUAAGUUUAUUCGUUUUAUUAUUUUCAUUUUUAUUCUUUUCAUUUAAUUAUAUCAUUUUUCUUUUUGGUUAUUUGAAACGCUAAGACUGAAAUGGCUUGUUAUGGAGAAUAAAACACGUCCUGCAAUAUAUUAUAUAAUACAAUAAAAAUUAAAAAACAAAUCGCAUCAUCACAUAACAGACAACCAAUUUAUUUGUCCUUAUUGUUCUGUGUGAUCCAGAUCCCCGAUAUAUACACCUAACUAGAUUUAAGUGAUUUGUACAUACAGAAGCAAGAGCAAACAAUAUACCAGAAAAUUGCCUGUUAAAUACAUUUAUAUACAUAUGAAUUUAGUUAUGUAAAAAUUCCUAGUUCGUAGUCCUUAGAGGUUAUUUAGUUGGUAAGGCGCCAAACUGACGUAACGUGAAUGAAUCAACUAUAUAUGUGCCCAUAUAUAAAGCGUACUCUAUAAUUAUUUAGUUUCUACUGAAUUUAUGACAGAACGAGCCAUUAAAUUGUCUUAUUCAGCUCAAUGCUCAUAAACACAAUAAAUAUUUUUUGGAAAACCUA